UCCCAUCUCUGCUGUUGUUCAACAAGAUGGCGGCUAAUCCAGAGAACAGAGUCCUCUGCUACAGUGUUUUUAAAUGGAGCUCUUACUCCUCUACGUACCUACCAGAGAAUAUUUUGGUGGAUAAACCUAACGACCAGUCUUCCAGGUGGUCCUCUGAGAGCAACUACCCCCCACAGUACUUAAUUUUAAAAUUGGAAAGGCCGGCUAUAGUUCAAAGCAUCACCUUUGGGAAGUAUGAAAAAACUCAUGUCUGCAACCUGAAAAAAUUUAAGGUUUUUGGAGGAAUGAGUGAGGAAAACAUGACUGAACUUCUUUCCAGUGGCCUUAAGAAUGACUAUAACAAAGAAACCUUUACAUUGAAACACAGAAUUGAUGAGCAGAUGUUCCCAUGCCGAUUCAUCAAAAUAGUACCACUGAUGUCUUGGGGCCCCAGUUUCAACUUUAGCAUCUGGUACAUAGAGCUCCAUGGGAUUGAUGAACCUGAUGUGGUACAACCGUGCCUUAACUGGUACAGUAAGUACCGUGAACAGGAAGCCAUUCGUCUGUGUCUGAAGCACUUUCGGCAGCACAAUUACACAGAGGCAUUCGAGUCGUUGCAGAAAAAGACAAAGAUUGCACUGGAACAUCCCAUGCUCACAGAUUUGCACGACAAACUGGUGCUGAAGGGAGACUUUGAUGCCUGUGAAGAGCUAAUAGACAAAGCUGUGCAUGAUGGAUUGUUUAAUCAGUAUAUCAGCCAGCAGGAAUACAAGCCAAGAUGGAGUCAGAUUAUUCCAAAAAGCAACAAAGGUGAUGGUGAUGAUAACCGGCCCGGAAUGAGGGGAGGACACCAGAUGGUGAUUGAUGUUCAGACUGAAACCGUAUACUUGUUUGGUGGUUGGGACGGCACCCAGGAUUUGGCAGAUUUUUGGGCAUACAGCGUUCAAGAAAAUCAGUGGAUUUGCAUAUCAAGAGAUACAGAAAAAGAGAAUGGUCCCAGUGCUAGAUCAUGUCAUAAGAUGUGUAUUGACUCCCAGAGGAGACAGAUUUACACAUUAGGACGUUAUUUAGACUCCUCUGUGAGGAAUAGCAAGUCUCUAAAAAGUGAUUUCUAUCGCUACGAUAUUGACACUAACACAUGGAUGUUGCUCAGUGAAGACACAUCGGCUGAUGGCGGACCCAAGCUUGUUUUUGAUCAUCAGAUGUGUAUGGACUCUGAAAAACACAUGAUUUACACAUUUGGUGGAAGAAUCUUAACUUGUAAUGGGAAUGUGGAUGACAGUCGGACCUCAGAUCCACAGUUCAGUGGUCUUUAUGCCUAUCAUUGCCAUUCUAACACUUGGAAACUUCUCCGUGAAGAUUCUUGUAAUGCUGGGCCCGAAGAUGUCCAGUCAAGGAUAGGACACUGUAUGCUUUUUCACACUAAAAACCGAUGCCUUUAUGUUUUCGGAGGUCAAAGAUCCAAAACGUAUCUGAACGAUUUCUUUAGUUACGAUGUGGACAAUGACCAUGUUGAAAUUAUAUCAGAUGGCACAAAGAAGGACUCUGGUAUGGUCCCAAUGACAGGCUUUACUCAAAGGGCCACCAUUGACCCCGAAUUGAAUGAAAUCCAUGUGUUGUCUGGGCUCAGUAAGGAUAAAGACAAACGGGAGGAAAAUGUGAGGAAUUCAUUCUGGAUAUAUGAUAUUGCUCGGAAUAGCUGGUCUUGUGUGUAUAAGAAUGACCAGUCUGUGAAGGAGAAUCCUAGUAAGACACUGCAAGAGGAGGAGCCCUGCCCACGUUUUGCUCACCAACUGGUGUAUGACGAGCUGCAUAAGGUCCACUAUUUGUUUGGUGGUAACCCUGGCAAAUCCUGCUCUCCAAAAAUGAGGCUUGAUGACUUUUGGUCGUUGAAGCUCUGCCGUCCUUCCAAGGAAUACCUCCUCAGACACUGCAAAUACCUCAUUAGGAAAUACAGGUUUGAAGAAAAAGCUCAAACUGAACCUCUAAGUGCACUAAAAUACUUACAGAAUGACCUCUCUUUAACUGUGGAUCACUCAGACCCUGAAGAAACGAAAGAGUUUCAGCUCCUGGCAUCUGCAUUGUUUAAAUCCAGUUCAGACUUCAUCCCAUUAGGAUUUUCAGAUGUGGAUCAGACUUAUGCUCAGCGCACUCAACUUUUUGACACUCUGGUGAAUUUCUUCCCUGACAGCAUGACUCCUCCAAAGGGCAACCUAGUCGACCUCAUCACACUGUAGCAGAGGCAAGACCCUGCUAAAAAAAACAGAUUUUUAGAUUAUUUAAUAGUAACUAGAAAUAUUUUUAUAAAUUGUUCUAGUUCUGAAAUGCUGACUUUUUUCUUCUGUGCUUACCAGUAUUAAAAAGUAAAAUGUAAGGAUUUCGCUUUAGAAGAAUCCAACUUCAGUGGGUUUAUUUAAAAGAAAGUCCUUGUAUACUUCAUUUUAAGCUGGAAUGCACCUGAAUUGUGUAAAUUCUAUAUACAAGUGUUUCUAUUAAGCUGUGGGAUGAAAUCGUACAUCAUAACAGAAGCCAAACUGUCAUAAAUCCCUUAUUGUCCCCCAAUGAUCAUGUUUAAGGUCUUGGGUACCUCUGAGCGGGUCACCAUCUGUGUUUUUUUUUAGCUGGAAUUUGGCCUUCAAUUUUUUUUGUUCCUUCUUUGUAAAGUUGCUUUGCUAACAUAGCUGUAUUUCAGUUUGUGAUUUUCUGCAGGUACCUUUAAAAAUUGAUGAAAACACAAAUGUACUGUAAUUUCACAUGGAAUGAAUGUCUAGGUUUGUAAUUUUUUUGCUCUUUUAGCCAGUCCAGUAUUGUUUUUAAGGGCUUUUAAAAAAAAUACAUAUCAUUUUUAUAUAUUAAUUUUAAAUAUUUAAAAUGCCUGCAGGGAUUCAUACAACUCUUGCCUUUCUAUAAGAUUUUUUAAGUCCAUUAUAUACAAAGCACUAUCUUAUCCAAUUUUGUUGUGCAAUCCAAGACUAAAUUUGGAAUUAAGUUAGAAAUUAGCUAGAACAUUUUAAAAAGUAAUUUCAUCAUAUAUACAUUAAUUUAAGACAAAUGUUCAGUGAUUAUCGUUACUUCUUAACAAACCAUUCAAGCUUCUCACCAAAAACCUAAGCAUAGAUCUGUUUCUGAAAUCCAGAGUUCAGCUGGAUGAUUGUAUGACAGAUCAUUACAUCCAGAUAAAACCUAUUGUCAAAUUUUGUUGUUGGAAAAACUCCAAAUGUGAAAAUUCAGAUUUAGCUGUUAUUAUUCAGACUAUAGUCUUUUGCAAAUCUCUUGAAUUUCUUGUUGUAGUAUUUAUUUGACAUAGAGGCAUGGUUUGGUAUCAUUUUGUUGGAAAUAGCUUGAUUCUUAAAGGUAGUAAAUUAAAACCAUUAUUAGACUAAGUUUAAUUUUUACUUUUGAUAUUAUGAACUUCAGCAUUAUCCACAAAUAGCAAAAUGAAAAAAUAAGCAGUAAUUGUUUCAAUUUCUAAGCAAUAAGAAACUUUGAACUGUAACCUUCUCAAGAGUUCUCAACAUUGGGGGAUAAAACGUACACAUCCCUUGGUUUCUGCUUGAUGAAUACACGUUUCUUAGAAGAGGAAGGAGCCAUUUAUAAGGGGCAACCAUCAGCAUCUGGUAGGAGAUGCAUACAUAUUUGCCGAAUAAAAAGUAAAGAGUAACCAGCAUGUUUAUCAGGGUUAUGGUUAAAGACAUACCCAGGGGUCCUACCGUAAAAUGAUUGAAAACAUAGAACUAAUAGUCUACUUUAGAUAACAAAUAACGUACAAUAUUUUAAGUUUAAUGGAUUAAAUGUAACCAAUUGAAUCAAAUGAGUUCCAGACAAAGCCAAAGACUGAUCCUGUAGAGCACAUGAACAAUUGGUUACAUCAGUGUUUUGAUAUCUGGAGUUUCCUCUUAAACUAUGUAGGUGGGUGAAGAGUACUUGUAAAAUCUGUGGUGCUGGAGAUGUUAACAACCACAUGAUGUUUUGACCAGUCACUGAAUUUCCAAACUUGGAGUUUCUUGCUUUUAACAAAAAAUCUUAAAUACCUUAGUAAUGAAGAUGUUGACUAACUUCAAAAACUUCUUCUGUUACAAGCAUUCUCCGUUCUUUAUGGAAACAUUAUGCCUUACAAUAUAUUAACUAUACUUUGUUCAUGACCAAGAUAAGUCUGCCUUUGAAUCUUUUAGGUGUGUAAAGGUUCUAGUUAGUGAGGGUUAUAAGAAAUGGUUUACGGAGUAGUGUAUUCAAGUGGGGAGCUGUCAGUGUGCAAGCUGCAACGCAGGCGAGUAAAGUUUUAAUUCUGUGCUGAAAAAUAGAAGAAAAAAAUGAAACUUUCAGGUGUGUUUGACCGUUUUAAUUUUUUAUCUUUUCAGCAUGUAAUCUUUGCUUGUUCCUUUCUAGUUAUGAAAGAUCUACCACAUAGUAGAAAUAUUGAACAAGGAUUAUAUUUAUUAAUUUCAGUGGAGAAAGGACUAAGGGUUCUUUUUUUUUGGUACGCUCAUUUUAAAAUGAAGAAAACUGUAUAUAAAAUGUGUUUAAUUGCUUAUACCCUAUUCGGAAACUUUGAUGUAAGUUUUGGGGUUUUUGUACUUCAGUUAGUGAUAUACGUGCAUGUGCCUGUUCACUGUUUAGUUCAGCUGUUCUGUGUUCAUGCGGACAAUACAUCUGCAGUCUUUAAUAAGAUAUGCAUCCAUAUACGUGGUUUAUGAUUAUUUUCAUUUCGAUAUUUUGUUCAUACUCCCUUAUAUCAACCCCUUAUCCAAAAUCAAUUAUUUCCUUCACAGGAAAUAAUUUGGUAUUGCAUAUACUUUUUUGUAACAAUUUGAAAUGCCGUAACAAAAUACACUGUUAAGGUUAUGAUAGCUUUAGUUUGUUUUCUAAUUUAAAAGCUGUGUGAAGAACAAAGUUUGCUUAAGGAAUAAACUAUACUAAGGUGGUAUUUUUGGCUGGUUUGCUUUGAGUUUUGUUUGCAGUAUAAACAAUAGAGGAACUUGAUGUGUUUGCAAAUGUGAGAAGUCAUGCGUAGGCUGUCGUUGGUAAGUUACAUUAUCCACAGUUACGUUUUUAACACUCAUUAUACCUCAACAUUUGUAUUUUUAAGCAGGAGUUGAUUUCAAAUCUUAAAUUGUCCAGGUUGGCCUUAUUUCCGUAUUUCCUUUGUUGCAGUAGUGUACUCAUUCUGGCCCUGAAAGGUCCACAGACCCCAUACUAGCACAUCCAUAACAGCCUUGCCAGACAAUUCUAUUGGCUGUGUGAAAUUUAGUAAUGACUUAAGUUGUCUGUCAACAAUCCAUUUUAAAGUGAUAUACUUUCUAUAGCUGAACUUCGUACUAUGAAAUUAACCUGGUGUAUUCAGCAACAUUUGCGGACGCUAUUGUAUUCUAUAUGAAUUGUAUGCUUCAAAAUGAUAUGAUUAAUAUAAACUUAACUUGGUUUCCUGUUUACUUGUAUUUUGAAAUAUUGUUGCAUAUAGCAGAUAUGACCGUGUCGCAUUGUCAGUAUUUUGAUGAAAAAAAUAGGCUGUGAAAACAAUGAAAAGCAAUUAAAAAGAAGUUUUCCAUUUAAUAGGAAAUUAAAAAGAUGAUUCUUAAUGUUAAUAUGUGUACAGUGUAUUCAUGUAAAGGUCUGUGUGUCAAACCGAUCAGUUUAUGCUUGAGAUGUCUGAGUUUGCUGCUUGAAAUUAAAGAACUUGUAUAAGUUGUUUUGUGCUCUGAGAUAUAACUUCUUGAGGGUGAUGAGGAACAGGAAUGUAAACUGCUUUAAAAUGUAAGCAUUGUUUGUGCACCAGCACUUCAGUCUUCAGUUUUCACAAACUAAGCACUAGUUAAACUAUUAGUUAUUUUUUCAUGUAAUAUUAUGGAAGACACUUGGACUUUUAAAAUCUGAGGAGAUAAAGAAUGACACGUAGAUUGACUUUGAGGACAGAAAAUUAUUGACGGUAUAUACUCCCUCCACCCUGCCUACCACUAAGUGAGAAUUCUUAGUCUGUAGAAAUGAUAGUUUUCAAAAAGGUUUUCAUGAUUUAGGGGUAGAAUAACCAGUCAAAUAAAAACUACAGAAAGUAGUAACUUGGUGUGUAAGGUUAUUAAGUGGCAGUUGUCAAUACUGAAAUAGUGUUUGGGACAUGGAUUUGAUCCAGGAUUUUAUGAUUCUGCAAUACUGAUAUAUUUGUUCAUUACGUGGGAAGUGUAAUCUUAAUAUAAUGAAAUUGGAGGUUCUCAUUGACUUCUUCCUAUCUGGAUGAUUAAUAACCUACUGUAUGUAAUCACCCUGCUAAGAUGUGACUGAUAAUGCAUUUUGUUUUAAUGAUAUGCUGCCCUCUGGUGAGCUUUAUGUGUAAAGUCAUUUCUCACUUUUUAAUAAAAAGAUGAAAGUAACUUUCAUUUAGCCCCCUGUUUACAGAAAUAAUUCAGAUAUUUUCUGACCAUAUUCAGAAAGACAGCAGUGGCACAUCUUAGUGUGUCCACACUGUAGUAUUGUUUCCUGUAAUGCAUUAAUAUUGGGUACUUUUAUAUAUGCAAAUAUUAUGUAAGCAUUUAGUGCUUUUGCAGUGAUGGAUUGUUAAAUUAGUCAUGUGCACAUACUCCUUCCUGUCUCUUAGCGCAUAGAUGUGAUUUAUAAUCAAUUUAUUAAUGUUGAUGUUAGAAAUGAAUGCUCCUGGUUGCAAAACUAAAUUUUGCAUGUCUUUGAUUUGGUUUCUAUCUUAAAAACAUGCAAAGUAUCAGUGAUGGAGAGCGCAAGAACAUUAAAGACUGGCAUGUACCCUAGGGUUAUGUGAUAGGUGGGUAAAUGCAAAAAGUUUAGAUACAUUGUCCUAUAUACACUUUUGCAACUGAUGUGAACAAAUGAAAUCUGCUCUGUUGUCUACUCUGAGGUAGUUUAGAAUGUGAUUUUGGUAUAUGGUAUCAGGCUGUAUAAUGAAUGUGAAAAAUAUGACUUUUAGGCCCAUUUAAUGCAAAUAGAAUUGUAUAUAUGCACAGUGUAGAGAGGGCCUAAGACUUCUUUAAGUUUUACAUUUCUGCAUCGCUUGUUCCAGAUUUGUUCAUGAAGAUACUAGUUCUUGGAGAAAGAAGAAAUGCUAGUAGGAACAUAGAGAUGUGAACCAGGUAAUGGUCACAUUCUUAUAGCAGUGUAUCAGUAGGAAAGCAGAACCUGCUGAUGGCCAUCAUAUCACACUUCCAAACCUUAUUAUGUUGUAGACAUGCAAAUGAGAGCAAUGUGUAAGCAGUGUUGAUUUUUUUCUUUUUUGCAGAGGGCAGUUGAAGUCCAUGUAGUUGUUACAUAGCAUCUGUUAUAAAACCCAAAACAUUCUAGGCAAGGAAAAAAUUCUAGGGUCACUCCUGUAGCAAUUUUUCAAAUGUGUGCUAGGAUGUGGACUAUCUGCAGAACUAUUAGCCCAUGAAAACUAUAACAAGAAAGUGAGCAUUAUGAAGAAAGUCUAGUCUUGUGCUUCUGUAGGGUUUUUUUCGGUGCUAUAUCUGUUUAAACUCACCUUUGGCUAAUACUGAUAGUUAAUACUAGUAGACAUUCUACAACCACAGGCCUAUAAACGUUUUUGCUAAACUGUGAUGUCUAAAACCAGACAUGUAAAAUACCCAGUUAGUAUAACACUAAGGAAACACCUUCCAAACAACAUGAAAGCAACAUUCUGUAUUUAAACAAAUGUACAGAGAGACAUCAAACACAUUUUGGUUUUAAUAGUUGUUCAACUGUCAAAAAUUAUAGGAAUAGUUAAUCCUCCUGAGAAAGAAUAGCAAAGUUUCCAAAACUUUGAUUCUAGCAUUCACCUAGCUCACAUUAGUUAUCUCAUAUUUCCUUCAAUAGAAACUUAGUUAUCAUUUUUUUAAAAACUUUCAAUGUUUGGAAAUGGCUUUUAACCACUGAACCAAGAUGAAUUUUAUUUUUGCAGUUCAAAUAGUUUUGCAUGUAAGUAACAAAAAGAUCUCCUACGGUCUUGCUCUUACAAUUUAACAUAAACCUCUAAUGUGGGCAGAUGCUUAGUGAGAUUAUUUAAGCAAAAUACAUAGUGGAAAAAAAUUACUUUAAAAGGUAUUAUUUAAUGUUAUACCAAAUCUCUUAUUUGUCUAUAUUUCUGCUUGUUCUUCACAGAAUAUUGCAAAGAUAAUUUGGAGACAAACGAUAGAAAUUUGUGUGCAGAAGCCUCGGGUCAUUUAAAUUCCUCAAGUUAAAAGAUAAAAAACCCUUUUUGAACACAAGCCUAACUUUGGCUUUCUGUCAGACUUGGCUGCCUAGCUAUCUAGAAGGCAUCCUGAAGGUUUGUAUGCCAAGACACUGCUAUAUGUUAAAAGAUCAAAACUGAUUCUGUGAAAUUAAGUACCUUGUAUAUGGAGAUUCAAUGAAGAUUUUAAAAGUAAAUUGUAGUACUUAACACAUUUCAUGGUUCUGUAUGAGCUUAGAUGGACUUUUUGCUUUGUGUUCCUCUGUAUCUUAAUCAUUAUACCACUGAAGAAUAGGUACUUUACAGACGGGUAAUAAGGACACAAUGGUGAAGGAAAGCAGGAGUUUGAUCAGAUUUUUCUGAAUGGAAUGCUUCAUAGGGUCUCAGUUUACACAUGUGGAAGUGCAUUAUGACUGCAGAGUGACUAUACUGUACAUCUGUAGUCAAGUUACACUUCAGAUUUUUGGAUGGUAGCUGAAGGGACAACUAAUUUAAUUAAUUGAUGCUUUCAUAAUGACUUUAUUAUUUUAAUUGAAAAAUACUGUAAGCCAGUUUGUUGUUUACAGAUGAGUGAUUAAAGUGCUAUAAUAGGAAUGAUUAUUUUCCCAUAUGGUUCAUUUCUUUAUACCAUGAAUUUAUCAUUUAAGAAGUAUUUUGUUUCCAGUGCUUUAAAAAUUAUUUGUGGAAAAAAUGUGUCCCAUUUCUACUGUUUAUCAUUUUUUGAAAAUGGAUGCCUUUUAGGUUUUCAUCUGUGCAAGUUAUAUUCUAUGCUGUUUAGGGUGGAGGGUGUAAUGAAUUUCAUUAGUAAGCAGAUUUAAAUGAACCCAAGAUUAAAAAGAUGUAAUGGAUUUAAAAAAUACUAACUUAAAGAAUAUUAGAUGAGUGUAUCAUACCUUUUCUUAAACGGUGCUUGGUUUUGGCAAAAAGCUAAUACAUUCUAUUUAAUUCUAAUCUUUUAUUGAAAUUUUAUUAACAUUUAUACCAAAUGAAAUUGUAACAUUCCAAAAGCAUAACAGUAAGAAUUUAGAAAAACACAUUGAACCUGUUUUACAGUGUUGUUGUAUAGGAAGGGUAUUUUAGAAUUUAGUCUUGUUUUGACCAAAUAAAAACAAUCCUAUGCAUUCUUGCAUCACUUUAAAAGAGGAGAUUUGAGAUUUAAAUGCAUCAUUGAGGAACUAACCUCUGUAUUUAGAUAUACAUUAUAUUUGUGUUUCUGUAUGUGUUUACGUAUUCAAAAUGUGUAUCCAUUAAAGAGUCUUAUGGUUGUAUGAAAAUGCAAUGACCCCUUGUCUAAUAUUUUAAAUACAAAAUGGUGGAUGACUUUCUGAGAUGAAAGCUGAGGAACAAAGGAACAGGCUGGGUGCACUGCCUGUAUGGCAGUAUGUGGUUGAGAUUAAUAUAGCCAAUCAUUGUCACUUGCAUUCAACUAAUAUGUAUAGUAACUGUUAUGAAAUCCUUAUGCAGCUCCAUGCUUGUUUAAUGGUCACCUGCGAGUUACCUACUAUCUAGAAGUCCUUUAUAACUGCACAUAUUGUUACCGUCUUUUGUAAUGUUACUGUCCUGUGUAUAGUAGAUCAGUCCAUAUCCUCUGCGCUAGAGUAGAGUAAAUGGGUAAUGUUUGUGAUAAGAGUAACCCAAAGGAAUGAACAUUUUUUAGCGCACACUAAAUUUGUAUAUAGUUUGCAAUUUCAGAGGUAUAAUUUCACUGUCAACCACAAAAUGAAAAUUGUAGCUUUCUGCUUAUGGGAUUUGUUUUAUUAAUCACCCUCAAAGGAUCUGUGUUUAACAAUGUAGUUAUAAAAUAUUGAGUUGAUUUCGUAUAAAAACAUUCAAAUUGUUUUUGAGAAAGGAGUUUGAAAUAUAAAAUCAUGCAUUAGCUGUUCACAUUGUGCCCCAAUCAAUAGAGAAUUUAAGGUCAGUGUACUACUAAAUACCUAGUAAGUUGCUUAUAGUAACAAUACAAAACUGCUAAGCGUGACAUAAGUUUCCAUUUCUAAUGCUUUAUUUUAGGUAUUCUUCAGACUGCAUUGUUUCCACCUUUCACUCUACGCAAAUCUGUAGCUGUAAUGUUGAUUUUAAUUUCCCUGAAGUUCUUUCCUAAUGCUUUGCGAAACUGAUUUUGAAAGACUGCCUUUUAUUUUUUGAUGGGGCUCAGAGGGAGGAGUGUUGCUGGCACAGGGGUGAUUUUUAAUCUUCAUUUGUGAUUCCUUUCCCUUUUUUAUAAAUAAAUUUUUAGCAUUAUUGAUUGUCCUAGUUUAUAAUUGCAUUUUUCCUCUUAUUUGUGGCUCAGGAUAAUUCCGUAUUAAUAAUUUGGGACAAAGUUUCAUGCUGAAAAACUAGUGAAUACUAAUUGCACAAAGAAUAGCUUGCAUGUUCAUUAAAAGUGCCCCCUUUUCAGCAAUAUGUUUAAUUAGUAAUGUGAUUUAUAAAACUGCAGUUUUGGUAUGCUGUCGAGUUGCAGUAGCAAUUUCUGUGCAUUUUUUACAGUGUUUUCUUACAUUCAUUUUAAUAUUUCAUGUUUAAUAAGGUUUCGUAAAAAUACAUAAAGCCCUGUUGGUGUAGGAGCUAGUACUCUAAAAUUAUAAAUAUAUUCUAAAAUUAACAUGAAAUGUAUUUUACUGGCAAAAAUUGAUAACCUGCGAUCAUAAACACUUUCUUUCCUUAAUAUUUUAAUCUUAUAACUAAAGGACUUCAGCAAUAUUAAAUCUUUGUUGAAAACUUUCUUUAUUCAUACAAAGAUAUGACUAAUUAUACAUUUGCAUCAAAGAGGCACCUUAUAAUUUCAAAGGGGCAGUGAUUAGAGAAAUUACAAAUCAAAUUGAAAUACGUUUGCUAAGACAGUUUGGAAUAGUAGUACAUGAUCUUCAAGCUUUGGCAAGUGAAACAAAUCCGGCUUCACCUACGUAUUACUAUCUCUUGUUUCUUACUGGUUCAGCACCAACUCUAAAUGCCAGGUCUGGGGCUUUGUUGCUUGCAAUGAUGAUACAUUGUACAUGGUGGUAGAAUAUUUUUUAAGUUCUUGCAUGAAGAAUGAGCUUUUUGAAUGAGCAUUUGGAAUGCCCAUUGGAUAAUACACGUUUAAGAAUGUUUUUGUGUAUAGCAGUGAAAAGAAUGGUGAGCACCUUUCAAAAUGCAAUGCCAAAUCAAUUUUUGUUCUUUGUUUUUAUGAAUUUUAGUUAAGACUUUAAUUUCUAUUGUUUAUAAUCAGUCUUUAUUUUCCAGCAAAAUGUAUUUAAAAGUCCUGGGACAGCUGGUACGUUUGGUUUGUAGACACUACUCUGUGAAUAAGUGAAUGUGUAGAGAAAUUGUAGAAUUCUAUUGUAUGUAAUGUAAAUAUAAAUAAAGAUUGUAUUUUGUUCAGGUUUCUUAAUAAAAUAUGUACUCAGG